AUGUGCAAAAGGGCGUGUCACACAGCUCGAGCCUUAGAAGAACACAAGAUGAUCCAUCGACCGGAUUACUUCUUCGAAUGCAAGAUUUGCCACGUGAAAUAUAAAAGCGAAGACAGCUUAAAGAGGCAUAAUAUGCGUACUCACAGCGAUUACGAGUCGAAAUACGUGUGUGAACACUGCGGUCGCAGCUACAAGCUGAAAAUAGAUCUGACGCAUCACAUGAAGAGAUCACACGCUUCAGAAUUGCAGAUUUGUCGAUUCUGCGGCAAGGAAGUGAAAAACGUGAAAGGCCACGAAUGGAGGCAUCAGAAACGUACGAAGGAAGUGAAAUACGAGCAUACUUGCCACUUGUGUCGCAAGAAGUUUCUUCACAGGAGUAGAUUGGAUAAUCAUUUGAGGCUCCACGAGAAAGGCUUCAAAUGCGAAGAGUGUGGGAAAGAGUAUCGCGGAACUCGUGAAUUAAUGAGUCACAGAAGAUUCAAACAUGGCCAGGCGAAGAUUUUGACCUGUGUCUUGUGUCAGAAAGCGUUUCCUUCGAGCAGUAAUUUUUAUCAACACGUUUUGACGCAUGCUGGAAUUAGGCCUUAUAAAUGUGACGUUUGUGAAGAGGAUUUCACGCAACGUUCUAGCCUAUUGAGACACAGGAGGCAUCAUCCUGGACCGCUUCCGCCAUUACACUCGACUCAUCCGCAAAUUGCUGAAUUGGCUAGGAGUUAUCUGCAGAAACUGCAGAAUAACCAGAUCGAUAAAAGUUGCGUUUUGGACGCGAGAUUAUGA